UGGGAAGCAGAGGGAGCUAUGGCGGAUGGUGAGGAACCGUAAGUGCCCUGGAGAAGAAAAGAAGGAGGCUAGAGGAGCUGCUGGCGGAUGGAAUGGCUGUUGAUGGUGGGUGUGGGGACACUGGAGACUGGAAAGGUCGCUGGAACCAUGUAAAGAAGUUCCUCGAGCGAUCUGGACCAUUCACACAUCCCGAUUUCGAGCCAGGCACUCAAGCCCUUGAUUUUUUGCUAAGCACAUGUAAAGUACUAGUUAUUGGAGCAGGAGGAUUAGGAUGUGAACUCCUGAAAAAUCUGGCCCUGUCUGGCUUCAGACAGAUCCAUGUUAUUGACAUGGACACUAUAGAUGUCUCUAACCUUAACCGGCAGUUUCUCUUUCGACCGAAGGAUGUGGGGCGACCAAAAGCUGAAGUUGCAGCAGAAUUCCUGAACAGCCGCAUUCCCGGCUGUGCUGUUGUACCGCAUUUUAAAAAGAUCCAGGACAUGGAUGAAAGCUUCUAUCGACAGUUCCAUAUUAUUGUUUGUGGGCUGGACUCUAUAAUUGCAAGAAGAUGGAUAAAUGGCAUGCUGAUGUCCUUUUUAAAUUAUGAAGAUGGGGUACUGGAUCCAAGUUCCAUCAUACCUUUAAUAGAUGGAGGGACGGAAGGUUUCAAAGGAAACGCUCGUGUGAUCAUUCCUGGUAUGACAGCAUGUGUUGAGUGCACACUUGAGCUUUAUCCCCCACAGGUCAAUUUUCCCAUGUGCACUAUUGCAUCCAUGCCCAGAUUGCCAGAGCAUUGUAUUGAGUAUGUCAGGAUAUUGCAGUGGCCAAAGGAGCAACCUUUUGGAGAAGGUGUUGCAUUGGAUGGAGAUGACCCUGAACAUAUACAGUGGAUUUACCAGAAGUCUUUAGAAAGAGCAUCACAAUUUAAUAUUAAAGGUGUUACCUACAGACUCACCCAAGGGGUGGUUAAACGAAUUAUUCCAGCAGUAGCUUCUACAAAUGCAGUAAUUGCAGCUGUUUGCGCCACUGAAGUUUUCAAAAUAGCCACAAGUGCAUACGUUCCUCUUAACAACUACUUGGUGUUCAAUGAUGUGGAUGGAUUAUAUACAUACACCUUUAAAGCUGAAAGGAAGGAGAACUGUCCAGCCUGCAGCCAGCUUCCCCAAAACAUAGAGAUUUCCCCAUCAGCUAAAUUGCAGGAGAUCUUGGAUUACUUGACAAAUAAUGCUUCAUUGCAAAUGAAAUCUCCUGCAAUCACAGCAACUAUGUUUGGGGGGAAUAAAACACUUUAUUUACAGACAGUAGCUUCAAUUGAAGAACGAACAAGGCCAAAUCUUUCCAAGACACUAAAAGAACUGGGGCUUGUGGAUGGCCAAGAACUUGCAGUUGCUGAUGUUACAACACCACAGACUAUGUUGUUCAAGCUUCACUUUACCACUUAAUUUAUUCAUAAGUAAAGUGCAAAUACAGCAAGAGAAAUCUGUGCCCACCUUGUAAAACAAAUAUACUCUGUGGGUGUUAAAGCAACCUGAAAUGUUCCUGUAAGUGCUAGCAUGGUUGAAGGUUAGGAAAUCCAAACAAAUCACCAUAUUUCAGAAUUGUAUGUAGAAGCCAAUAUUUGGUGGAUUAUAUUUGUAUAAAUGCUUAUUCAUGUACAGAUCUCUGAUGUAUAGAAAUACAUUUUUUCCCGGUUUUUUUGGUCAAAAUGUUCAUGUUAAUGUACUUUCAGACACAUGGAACUUAAGGUGGCUAAAAGUCUUGUUUUUAACACAUCUGCACACGUAUAUGCAAAGAAAGGACCUUUUAAAAGGAGCCACAGCGUUCUGGUUUUUAGUUGUAGCACUCCUUUGGACUUGCUGAGUCACCUUAAACCAGAAGAGGCAGUAAAUUAAAAUGAGCAUUUUCCUCUUACUAGAUAUUGAUUUGAUCAAUUUUAUGAAAGGUUUUAAGUAUGGGAGAGGUGACUUUGUUUACAAGAAACACAAAAGGACAAAAUGAUCAGCUGUACAUGAAAAUACAGACGUGUCUCCUCACUGUCCCCAGGCAGCCGCCAUGCACAGCAUUGCAAGAUUAUGUUCAAGUAUCAUUGGUGCUGUUAAGGUAUUUAUUAAUAAAAAUCAUAAAGACACCUGA